AUGCUCUUCUCAACUCUGUCUCUCUUCCUCGCCGCCGUCUCGGCCGCACCGAUCAAGCGCUCCGAGUGUGUGCCCAACUACGCUCCCGACGGCACCUACAUCGACGAGGGGUGCGGUAUCGUGAUGCGCGCGAACGGCGGUCUCUGCAUGCGGACCGACUACGACACCCAGCCCUCUGCGCCGGUGUAUCUGGAAGAGUGCCUUGCGGGGCAGCACGGCCGGUCCGGUGGUCGCUGGAGUGUGUCUCUGGGCGACACGAAGCUGCGCAAUAUGGAGGCCGCGACGCCCGAUUACUGUCUGACGGCGAACGAGGCGCGGACGCUUGUUGUUGCGCAAAGGUGCGAGGAGGGCAACAAGAGCCAGAACUGGGAGACCUCCCUGCCCUGGGGAGACAGCCAGGACGCCCGCAUCAAGCUCAAGGGCGAGGACGUGUGCGUGCAGGCGAGGAAGACGGGCAAGGGUGACCAGAUCGAGCUGGCCAAGUGCGGGUGCUUGACGGAUCAGAUCUUUGAUGCCCCCGGUUUGGCGCCGUAG